AUGACUGUGGAGAAUGUCCAUGACAGAACAACCCCAGAGCACAAAGCUGAUGUGACCCAAAACUGCAAAGAGAAAAGAAAAAGGGAAAUGGCAGUGGAACAUGAGGACCAGAGAAAGGCAGAGGAAGAAACUGAGGAACAACCUACCUGCAAAAAACAAGUUAGCAAGCCCCUCCUGGACACUCUCUGGACCAAGUUUAAGGCCAAUGAAGGUUUCACGGCGAGAGAUAGUUUUGCAUUGGCAUUUCAAUUCGACCUGACAGCUAAACAGGUACACCAAUGGUUUUGUAACAUGAGACAGGAAUACAAAAAAGAAAUACGCAAGUUGAAAUACAAGAAAAGAUACAGGAACAAAAGAAAGUAA